AUUGUUGGAUUAUCAAGUGUAAUUGAUGAUACAACUGGUAAAUUUAUUAAAAGUUUAACAUCAUCAAUUCAUUCAUCUGCCAGUAUUACUGCAUUUUUCUGCAUAAAAACAGGUGUUGUUAUUAUUAAUAAUAAUAAAGCUGUUGAAGUGACAAAAAUAUUUUCACAAUAUAGUUUAAUAGCUGACAUUCAUACAUCAUUUGAUAAUUAUAAUUUCGAUAAUGUAAAUUUACAAAUUGCUCAUCAACACUAUUAUGUCAUUGACUUUGAUUGUAAUGAUGCUGUUAGUAUAAUUAAAUUGUUACAAAAUUAUUUAAAAUUACAGGCAAAUAUGAAACGGAUGUUUGUUGCACCUUUUAAAUGGCUUAUUAUAAAUGAUCAAAAUAUGAGCAUUACCAAUGACAUUGAAGAUGAUUAUUACGAAAAAAAUAAAUCAAGUUUAUUUAGUGUUUUUAAAAAUAUAAAUAUUUAUCCAGAUAGUGAAGUAUUUAUUGGACAACGUGAAAUUAUAAAUAAUACAUUUAAAUUAUUAUCAUUGUAUCGUCCUAGUUUUAAUCAUGAUUUAAUCAUUGAAAAUCGAGGCAGCUGGAAUUAUAGAAAUGGUCUUGUAUUAACUAAUCAUGAUUCAUCAUCAAGAAGACGUCGUGAUCUUAAAAAAACACCUCUCAAAUCUUGCCUUGUGAUGACAAAUCCAGAUACACUUAAUCAUUUGACUGAUUAUAAGAAUAAACUUGUUGACGCUGUUACAAAAGCAAAUUAUCCAUGGAUUAUUCAUCUUGUUAAUCGUAUUAAUGCAACUGUUAAUUUUACUGUACGUGAUACUUGGGGUUAUAAAGAUAAAAAUGGAUCAUGGAAUGGAAUGAUUGGAUUACUUGAUAGUGGAGAAAUUGAUAUUGGUGGUACUGGAACAUUUCUUAUACCUGAACGUAUUGGUGUUGUUGACUAUGUACAAUUAUAUACACCAACAGGAUCGAAAUUUUUAUUUCGACGACCACCAUUGUCUUAUGUCAGCAAUUUAUUUACACUUCCAUUCAGUCGUUCUGUUUGGCUGGCUAUUGUUAUUUUUUUAUUUCUCGUUUGUUGUUUAUUAUUUAUAACAAUGAAAUGGGAAUUUAAUUUAUCAAUUAAAAAUAAUAACCCAAUGAGUUAUUAUAAAACAAUUAAACCAACAAUAAGUGAUAAUUUUUUGGUUAUUCUUGGAGCUGUUUCACAACAAGGUUUUUCUUAUGAAGCAACAAUUAUAUCAACACGAAUUAUAAUAUUUAUGGUAUUAUUGGCGACACUCAGUUUGUAUGCUGCUUAUACAGCAAAUAUUGUUGCACUUUUACAAUCAACAACUGAUUCAAUAAAAACUCUGACUGAUCUUAUGAAUAGUCCAUUGAAAAUUGGUAUUUAUGACAUUGUCUACAGUCGUUAUAUUUUAUCGACAAUUGAAGAACCAGUUAGAAAAGAAUUUUAUGAAAAAAUGGUAAAAGGUAAUGAGCAUGUAUGGAUGUCCUUGACUGAAGGUAUACAAAAAUUACGACAGGGUUUAUUUGCAUUUCACGUUGAAGUUGGUGCCGGUUAUCAAUUGAUACAAGAAACAUUUGAAGAAGAUGAAAAAUGUGGAAUUAAUGAAAUUGAUAUAUUUAAUUUAUUAAAUCCAUUAUUAGUUAUAAAACGUCAAUCUCCAUAUCGUGAAUUAAUAAGAGUUGGAGCAAUGUGGAUACAUGAAACUGGUCUUCAAAAACGUGAUAUACGAAGACUUUAUACUGAAAAACCAACAUGCGUAGGAGGAACAAGUUUUGUUAGUGUUGGAAUAACCGAGUGUUAUGCAGCAAUUUCAACUCUUUUUUAUGGAGCUGCAUUGACAUUUAUAAUUUUUAUCAUUGAAAUUAUUUGGAAAAAAUGGUAA